AUGGAGGACUUGCUUCCGUUUGAGCUCUGGCUGGAAAUCCUGUCCUACAUUCCUCGAAAGCAUCACCGAAAACUGAUUGGAAUAAAUCGUGCUCUUUACGAGUACGCCCUCGACGUAAUAUACCAAAAAAUAGAACUCUCACAUGAUGACGAGAGUACCUUGUUCACAUUUACCAGACUACAAAACCUAAAUAUUGCACAUCGUGUUCAACAUUUAGUUGUAAAGCCGUCCUUUCUUUACUACGAGGCUCCAGCUGUGCUACCGGACCCUACGUCUGCCACCGAUACAGAGUCUCGAACGACACCCAGAAAAGAAUUUAGUUUAUUCCACAACUCCAGGAGGUCCGGUGUCGUUACCACCCAUCACCUUCAUUCGGAACCUCAAACCUCAACCGAUAUUCUCCUUAACACCGCCAGGCGCUCAAUUCAACACUGCACAAAUAUCAAGGAGCUUGACAUCAUCUUAAAUGACAAUCAUUUUACCAUGCUCGUUUCUCUAGAGACAUUCUUUCAAUCCCUUUGGCAGCCAGGAUCUAUCCUCCAGCGGAUUCGGAAUCUAGCCAUCACCGCAUCUUCAUCUGCGUUAUCUCAGCUGAUCCUUCCUUCCAAGUUCCCCUCAAAUUUUGAUGCCAACAUCAACAGUCUUGACUUGACGAUCAACCCCAAUCGCGAUCUUCUCUCUCUGCAGAACUCCUCUUUACCGAGUUUUCUCGAUAGGUUGAAGGAUAAUCUGACAUCACUAACUUUGUCCGGCCUAAUGGAUCCACAUAUAAUGCAUGUCCUGGAGGUCUGUCCGAAAUUUCCUAGGCUUUCGUUCUUCAAUUCCUACAUCUCUUUCAACGUCCAGAGGACGAAACAAUUGGAAUAUCUCAAUCGGUUUUUGGAUGCUCAGUCACCCACCCUUCAAAAAAUGGUUCUGAGUCCAAAACCGAGAGUGGGCACUUUAAACAUGGGCAAUUACGCAUAUUUCCGCUGGCUAACCUUGAAUGGUACAGGUGAUGAAAGAGACCUAUCAUUCUCCGGAAGGACUCUUUCUCAACUGACAUCUAUGGAGCUCCUCCAUUACGAUCGCUGGAUUAAUGGACCUGCCUAUCAUGAAGUUGUUUUUCCUGACCUUAGUUUAAUUGCACCGAGGUUGACAGCUUUGACCAUCGGGCAGGCGGAUCUUUCCUUUGAACGAGUGUCUGAGCUACUGGCUCUUCUUCCUCGUCACGAUGGAGCAUAUUUGCUAGAAUCGCUUAGCAUCUCCAUAGAAAUACUAUCCCCAGAACUCGUCGACCUGCUUAGUACCGCACUAUCUGGUCUCUCCUCCUUGACGUUACGCCUUUCCCAAUACGUACUACCGAGCGAUUUGCAGCAGAACGCAGAUAUCCCGCGUGGAAACUAUGUCAUAUACGCAUAG